AUGGAUAUUGCUCAUUUUGUAUUUGGAAUAUUUGGAAACGCUUUUGGCCUUUUUCUCUUCAUGGCUCCAAUAAUCACUUUCAAGAGAAUCAUUGUGAAGAAAUCAACAGAGAAAUUCUCUGGCGUUCCAUACAUUAUGACUCUUCUCAACUGUCUUCUUUCUUCUUGGUAUGGUUUACCAUUUGUGUCACCACACAACAUACUAGUAGCAAUAAUCAAUGGAACAGGAGCAGUAAUUGAAAUCAUAUAUGUUUUCAUCUUCAUCCUAUAUGCACCAAAAAAGGAGAAGCUGAAAAUAAGUGGCUUAUUUGCUUUUGUGAUAACAGUUUUCUCAGCUGUUGUUUUCAUUUCACUCUUUGCUCUGCAUGGUAAUUCAAGGAAAGUGUUUUGUGGUUUUGCUGCUGCUAUAUUUUCAAUCAUUAUGUAUGGUUCACCUCUCUCAAUUAUGAGAUUGGUGGUGAAAACAAAAAGUGUGGAGUUUAUGCCAUUCUUCCUUUCACUAUUUGUGUUUCUUUGUGGUACCUCUUGGUUCAUCUAUGGUGUACUAGGUCGUGAUCCAUUUGUUGCAGUACCAAAUGGUGUAGGGUCAGCAUUGGGGACAUUGCAACUAAUAUUGUAUUUGAUAUAUCGUGAGAAUAAAGGGAAUAUGGGAAAAACAACAACACAAGAGGAAUCAAUGGAAAUGGGCACCGCAAAACCAAUGGGAGGAGAAGAACUCAAAGGGGACACGCCUAAGGACACGUGUUAG